AUGUCCAACUUGACCUACCAAACAAGAGCCGAAAACCAUGUUAGUCCAGUGGCUGCGAAGCUACUGACUCUGAUGCAUGAGAAGGAAACGAAUCUCUGCGCUUCGCUGGAUGUUCACACAACGAAGGAGCUACUAGAGCUGGUAGAGGUACUAGGGCCGCAUAUUUGUCUGCUCAAAACACAUGUGGACAUUCUAGACGAUUUUACCAUGGAGGGCACCGUUCAGCCUUUAAAGGAACUGGCUCAAAAACACAGGUUCAUGAUCUUUGAGGACCGGAAGUUCGCAGAUAUUGGGAACACCGUCAAACUGCAGUACUCCUCUGGUGUUUAUAAGAUUGCCCAAUGGGCCGAUAUCACGAAUGCGCAUGGCGUCACUGGGCCCGGUAUCGUCCAAGGUCUCAAACAGGCGGCUGCUGAAAGCACAGACGAGCCUAGAGGGCUGCUCAUGCUUGCCGAGCUCUCGUGUAAAGGCGCGCUGGCCCAUGGAAAAUACACUGAAGAGACUGUGGAGAUUGCCAAGAGUGACAAGGACUUCGUGAUCGGGUUCAUUGCGCAAAACGACAUGGGUGGCCGCGACGAGGGUUUCGACUGGCUCAUCAUGACCCCAGGAGUGGGUCUCGAUGACAAGGGCGACAGUUUGGGCCAGCAAUACCGCACAGUGGACGAGGUUGUCGCCGGAGGCUCCGACAUCAUCAUUGUGGGGCGCGGUCUUUUUGGCAAGGGAAGGGAUGCUAGCGUUGAAAGUGCAAGGUACCGCAAGGCCGGCUGGGAUGCGUAUCUCAAGAGAUGUGGUAAGUAA